AUGGAACCCAUAAUCAAGCAACGAACUGGGCAUCACGUUGGCAGACGUGGUCUCGAGAUCCAAAUCCGCGCGUGGGGCCUUGUACGUAUAUCACGCCUGCCACAAUGGCUUGGUGAAGAUGAACCCAAGUCGGUGGCCGUUGGCAACAGCAGCAGUCGACAUCUCAUCUCCAAGGUGCUCAAUACUUGCGUGCAGCUCCGUGAUAAGGCGCGUCUGCGCAUUGCCAUCAUCAAUGACGACCCUACUUUGCCCUUGGCUAUCGUAGUUCAAGACUCACCGGGCGUAUCAGACACGAAGGAAUCCCAAAAGAAGUUCGGCUUCUUAGCCAAGCGAUUUCGUCUACUGAUAUAUGACCUCAGGGGCUCCGGCGGCCGCAGUGAUGACAUGGGCCCUUUCACCCACCAACGUUGGCUCGUCGACAUUGAAGAGUUGAGUCGCUGGGCUGGCAACUAUCUUCAUUUCACACUGGUCGGCGACGGCUAUUGCGGCUGCAUCGCCUUGCAAUACGCCAUUGCUUACUCCAGGCGCCUUUCUGCCCUCAUCCUUCACGAUACCUGGGUCCACGGUGUCCACGCCUCCAUGGGGAAUCUCAAAACCGUCCUAACGUACCAGGGCAAAGGCCCGAAACCAGACGUCGACCGCCAGCUCAGGCUCUGGUCUGGCUUCUGCGUAGACGAGGAAGACUUUGCCGCAGCUGUGUCAGAGAUCAGACACAUCUAUAAGCCGCACAUCGCCCUCGCGCCCCGGCUCUUGCACCAUGAGACGCACAACUUUGCGUACUCCAUGAACAUGCCUUACUACGACCUCAGGUCCUGGCUCAGGCAGAUCCGGACGCCGACGUUGGCUAUGGCAAACAAAGCAAACGUAAUGAAUCCGGUCGAGGCCGGCAUCGGUUUCAAGGAAGACAUCGCCCACGCGCAGCUGGUCAUUUGCGAGGACACUGGGCAUGUCACGGCCCGCGGCACGUUGCAGAGUGCUGCGUGGGCUUUUCUUGCGAAUAUUGCCGGCCCAGAACCACCACCUCCUCCUCCUCCUCCUCCUGUCCCAGAGAGCGCCCCUGCCAAUGGCAUGCCACAGCCUUCUGAACAACCCCGCGAAACCAUUACCAUAGACGACCAUGAAGACGAAGAAAGCAGUGCACAAGACGAGUCUGAACCCGCGUCGGAUGAUGAGUGA